UCCUACAACCACCACCACUACAACCACUACAACUAAAGCUCCAACCACUACAACUGCUACAACCACAACUACUACAACCACUGCUUCAACCACUACAACUACAACUGAAGCUCCUCCUCCAGUGUUUGUUGUUGCAGCAACCGUGGUCCAACCAUAUGUUCCACAGUAUAAUGACAGAAAUAGCAAAGAGUUCAAGGAACUAGAAGUAAAAGUGAUAGCAGUGUAUGAUAUCAUAUACCGAGCAAGAUUUGGAAUUUUCUUUGUUCGAAGUUAUAUCAUUGCAUUUAGACCCGCUAUAACCAGGUUUCGAAUGAACGGUACUCAAGCAGAGGUCGGGGUUGAGUUCAAUAGAACCACACCAGUAGAGACAAUUCCAAAGCCUGAAACUGUUCAAGAAGUAUUAGUGGAGGCUGUGAAAAACCCUAACAUCACCUUGAAUGUGACCUUUGAGGAGAAUUCUAUCGAAGUAAUACGUACCCCUUCAACAACAGAAGCCCCAUCUUUAAAUACAACAGUUUCUCAAAAUUCAACAACAAAUGUAUCAACACCUACCACAGUUAAACCAACAACAACAAGAAUCCCAACUGUGGAGCAAACAGUGACAAGGGUGCUGACUUUUAGGUCUCCUGGAGAGAUCUUUACUAUUGAUUUGCUCAACUCGUCCUCAACAGCAUUCAUAAACCGAGCUGCACUUUUAAAGUCCACGCUUGAACCGCUCUACAGGCCAUUUUUUUCUUCGUUCAUCGAUUUAACAGUGACUUCAUUUAGCAAUGGCUCUAUCAUCAACAACAUGACACUUCGGUACACAUCAGCAUCUGCUCCUAAUGGUUCCCAAAUUGCACAAGUUUUGGUCAACGCAGCUUCAGACAUCCCUGCCUUCACCAUUGAUACUACUAGUAUUUCAGUGGAUGGAACACCCACCUCAACAACUGCUCCAACUACUACAUCCACUACAACUAAAGCUCCAACUACUAUUACUGCAACAACCACAACCACUACAACCACUACAACUAAAGCUACAACCACUACAACUGCUUCAACCACUACAACUACAACUGAAGCUCCUCCUCCAGUGUUUGUUGUUGCAGCAACCGUGGUCCAACCAUAUGUUCCACAGUAUAAUGAUAGAAACAGCAAAGAGUUCAAGGAACUAGAAGUAAAAGUGAUAGCAGUGUAUGAUAUCAUAUACCGAGCAAGAUUUGGAAUUUUCUUUGUUCGAAGUUAUAUCAUUGCAUUUAGACCCGCUAUAACCAGGUUUCGAAUGAACGGUACUCAAGCAGAGGUCGGGGUUGAGUUCAAUAGAACCACACCAGUAGAGACAAUUCCAAAGCCUGAAACUGUUCAAGAAGUAUUAGUGGAGGCUGUGAAAAACCCUAACAUCACCUUGAAUGUGACCUUUGAGGAGAAUUCUAUCGAAGUAAUACGUAUCCCUUCAACAACUAAAGCCCCUGCUUUAAAUACAACAGUUUCUCAAAACUCAACGGCAGCUAUUAACAUUACAACUCCGGCAUCCAAUGUAAUAACAAACGCUACAACCUCAACUUUAUCAACACCUACCACAGUUAAACCAACACCAACUGUGGUGCAAACAGUGAAAAGGGUGCUGACUUUUAGAUCUCCUGGAGAGACAUUUACUAUUGAUUUGCUCAACUCAUCUUCACCAGCAUUCAAAGACCGAGCUGCACUUUUAAAGUCCACGCUUGAACCAGUCUACCGAAGAUCAUUUCCUUCAUUCCUCAAAUUGAUAGUUAUUUCCUUCAGGAAAGGAUCAGUCAUCAACGAAAUGGACCUUGAAUUUGCUUCUGCAUCUGCUACUAAUGACACAGAAAUUAUACAAGUUCUAGUCAAAGAGGCUUCAAGCAUUACAAAUUUUACCAUUGAAGCCAGUUCAGUUACUGUGGGUGACAAAGUCCCUGCUUUAAAUACAACAGUUUCUCAAAAUUCAACCACAACACCUACCACAGUUAAACCAACAACAACAACAACAACAAGAAUCCCAACUGUGGAGCAAACAGUGACAAGGGUGCUGACAUUUAGGUCUCCUGGAGAGACCUUUACUAUUGAUUUGCUCAACCCGUUUUCAACAGCAUUCAUAAACCGAGCCGCACUUUUAAAGUCCACGCUUGAACCGUUUUACAGGCAAUCGUUUUCUUCAUUCCGCGAUUUAACAGUGACUUCAUUCAGCAAUGGGUCAAUCAUCAACAACAUGAUUCUUCGAUUUGCAUCUACAUCUGUUCCUGAUGGCUCCCAAAUUGCACAAGUUCUGAUCAACGCAGCUUCAGACAUCAAUGCCUUCACCAUUGACACCACGAAUAUUUCAGUGGAUGGAACACAAGUGUCAAGUGGAGUGAGCCACGAGAUCAGUCUCAUCACAGCAUUCUGCAUGGUUCUCUUGUCCUGGUUGUUGUCCAGCCAGCACUAACAUCUCUGUUGAUUUCUAGUGGAUAAUCUGCUAAAAAGAUUGUUUUAGCUAGAAACCAAAAAAGGUAAUCUUAAAGGGGAAUUCUAUUUUCUAAAGAGAAAUAAUUAUCCAAACAACAUGUUUUAGCAAAUCAUCAAUCAACCACUUCAAUAUUUGUAAAAGCAUAUUUACUAAUCAUUUUAUAUCUCUGACUGUCAUGAUUUAGGUUUUUGUUUGUUUGUUCUGGACUUUUCUUGAAUCAGCCCUGUCGCCUCUCAACCUAUCAGCUCUUUCCACUCCUCAGCCAACACUCUGCUCUUGAUCAGCUCCACCUGCUGCACUAAUUAGAGUCAACUCUGCUCACCUGUUCACAUGGCUGCUUACACCUGCCACAGUCUUACGCUCACUGCCACAAAGUCUUGCCUCAUGUGCACUGCUGCCUUGUCAGCCUCAGUUUCUGUGUGCUCAGCCUGCUGGACUCUGAAUCUUUGCCCCGGUUAAGCCCUCACUGACAUAAGUUCCAGUUUCUGCGUCCAGCUCAGCUUCUGCCCUGUUUUCUGUGAGGUCCAGCUGCUUGCUCUGCUCUUUCUGGUGGGUCGCUGGCUCACACCUUCUGUUCUGGUCAGCUCCUGCCUUCACCAUUCUGAUCAAGUCUGUCACUGCCUGCAACUCCUGUUCAGUAUUGGUUCUGCCGUUCACCCCACUAGCAUCCUCUGAUGUUCUGCCCAUUACUGCCUGCCUGCCUCAUCUGCCGUUAUUCACGAUAAACUUUAAAAAAACAAAACUCUGUGUUCGGCUGAACAUCUCAUCAUGAAACCCUAGAUCCGGUCCAUGGGGAAAACAUGUACUUAGUAUCCCAGUUCCCUGGAAAGAGUUUUACCUGUAUAAUAUGAAGUGAUUUAAGUUGUAUACGUUUUUAUCUCAAAGUCAUGGCACUUUAGUCUUAUACAAAGUUUAGUUAUUGUUAAUUCUCACGUAUAAUCAAUUCAAGUAUUAAUGAAGGAAUGGCAUUAAUGGCAAUCUAGUUGGUGGCAUUGUUCAGACAAACCCUGGAGACAUCUCUAUAAAUUAAUUUGGUGGGAUAAAUAAAGUUAAGAUGUCUGAACAGUGACCCAUACGAUUAUCUAGUGUUUCUUUUUUUAAGCACAUCUAUGGUAAUGGCUGUUUCUGUGUUUAAUUAUUCUUAUUCUUCUUAUUAUUAUUUUAAGUGUUAUUCAAGCUUUUUCUAUGUAGGAAGAAAUUCAAAAUGAGAAGGGUAUUAAAAGCAAACAUUUAAAAUUGCAUUAACAUGAGAUUGUUGUAAUAUUUAUCUUCAGGGUGUAAUUUGUGUAGAAGUGUAUGAAA